GCGGCGGCUCUCUGGACGGCGUACAAUCUGGACGACGGUGGCUAUUCGGCGAGCGGUCGGAUGACACCUGCUCACGGACGGAGUUUGACGGCUGGACGGAGGGCGGCAGAACCUCCUCUGCGAUCUGAACGACGGGGCGGCGAAUUCCUCUCCCGCUGCUGCGCGAUGCUAACGCCACGGACCUCUGCGCGCGGCCAGCGGCGGCGGCUCGGAUGGAGAUGGCGACGCACUGGACGGCGACGGCUCUGUCACUAGGUCGGCGGCGCUCUCGAUCUGAAACGGAGGCAGCUCCUCUGCGUGCGGCUGACGGCACGCGGACGGCGGCGAUCUAAGAGGUCGACGGCGGCGCUACGAAGGGAUGCUGCGGCGGCUCGCAGACUGAUGGCUAACACCUGCGCAGCUCUCUCCCCCUCCUCGAACAGGAAACCAGAGGGAGAAAGAUAGAGAAAGAGCUCAGGCUAGGAAUGGAUCCAAGAACAGCAAGAAUAAGGAUGAUGGCCUGACUCCUGAACAACGUCGUGAGAGAACACUUGGGUGGUAAAUAUGAGCACUUAAACUAAAGAGCCUCUGUCAUUAAUCGAGAAUACCUUAUGAAUCGGAUGAAAUAUUCGGCUCCUAGAAGUCAAUACUUCCACUCUUUGUCUGCAUUUCAACAACUUGAACAGACAUCAAGAAAAGCUUCUGCCUUGAUAGAAACCUCUACCAACACAAAUGAAACGCCUAAGAUUAAGAAACAGAAAUUUGUAUCUCAUGGAGUGGCAAUUAAAUUAAUAAGGCGCGAGAAUGAUCCACAGCAUGCACUGGAAAUCUUCAACAUGGUUUCUGAUCAAGAGGGGUUUAAUCACAACAAUGCCACAUACGGUAUUAUCCUCCACAAACUGGCUGCUUGCAAAAGAUUUGAGAUGGUUGAUGCUGUUCUUCACCAGAUGUCCUAUGAGACUUGUAAAUUCCGUGAAGGUAUAUUCAUUAACCUCAUGAAGCAUUUCUCGAAGUCAUCUCUUCAUGAAAAGGUGCUGGAACUGUUUAAUGCAGUUGAGCCAAUCGUACGUCAAAGGCCAACUCUUAGGGCCAUUAGCACGUGCCUCAAUCUCUUGGUGGAAGCCAACAAGAUUCAUAUGGCUAAGCAGUCUCAACAAUGGUUUCCAUUAGCACGUGCUGUUUGUUUGCUGAAUUCAAUCUCUUGAGGGAUGGGAUGGCAUGCAAAGGUUGUUGGCAGACCUACCUUAUCCCUUGCACCGGGUGACUUUUGUUUGCUGUGGUUUGGUUACAGAAGUUUUGGGGCUGACUGUGGUUUCUUCACCAACUGGUUCACUGCCCAGAAACUUCACUGAACACUGCCCAAAAUCACUGCGCUGGAUUUUGCUCUUUGGACAGCACCUAACUUCUGUUUUGGCAUGGCUAGAGAGUCUUCACGCUGGGGCUGUUGUACAGGGCUCCAAUUCUGAUUUUGGUGGGGUUGAACCUUUCUGGUCAUGGGCUGCCGGCAUGGGAAUUGCUGUACUUUGAGCUGCCACGAGUCACACUUCUACCCCUUCUUUUUGAACAUCAACUGAAAUGGAAACCAUUGUUGAGCCUUGGUCUCCAAUGUUUCAACACCACAAAAGGGAUGGAUUCGACAUGGGUACGACAUUUCAAAACUGGGGGUGAACCUGAUGAUCCUAGCAUUGCUGAGGGAUAUGUUGGUGUAGUGGCAGUCAUUAACGCUUGUGACCCUCCGGUUUUGGUGUCUUGAUGAUUACCAAGGCUCUCAUGACCAUGGACGCUUAAAUGUUCCAAUGAAGCAUUUCUAGAAGUCAUCUCUUCAUGAAAAGGUGCUGGAUUCGUUUAAUGCAAUUGAGCCAAUCGUACGUCAAAGGCCAACUCUUAGGGCCAUUAGCACGUGCCUCAAUCUCUUGGUGGAAGCCAACAAGAUUCACAUGGCUAAGCAGUUUCUAUUACAUGCCCGUGAAAAUCUCCAUUUAGAGCCCAACGCGUCAGUCGUGCCCCCAGUCUGAUGUCCGCCACUCCGUUGUUCUGUUGAGGAAGAUGAGUUGCAGCUUUUUAAAGUAGGUGUUUUAAAAAGAGUUUAUUGCAGCGUCCCCCCUUGUGGUUUCCUAAAUGUUCAUCGGUGCCCCCUCUAGUUUUAAAACUUACUCCAUUCCCCCUUCAUUUUAAAAAACCCUACAUCAAUGCCCCUUUAGCUGGCACAAUCUUUUUUUUAACGGAACUAAACUCUGUUAGCCUUGUUGAUAUUACACAGCCUCCACCCAAAUCUGUCUUAACUCUUAAUGCGCCGUUUCCUCCACAAAGAUGAAUGAUAUUGUGUGUAAUAUUGAUAUGGGGGGUGUUGAGAUUCAAGACUUUGGUCUUCUUAAUGAAGACAAUGAUGGUGAUGUGAACGAAACGGAGGUUGAAGAAAUUGGUGACAAUAAUGAAGAGAAUACAUAUGAUGUUCGUUUUGAUCAAGUUCUUGAAGCAGAGGAGGGGCUUGCAGAUGUCCCUGAAUUUUUCUUUGAAGAUGUUGAGGGUUCUGAUGAGGAAGAUAUUCUCGUUGAGGUGCCAACUAAGAAGAUUAAUAAGGCUAAAUUAGUGGAAAUGAAGAGGAGAGAAUAUCAAUUGUUGCAUCCACCAAAAAAGAAACAUGUCAACCAGAAAAAAGCCACAUUGAAUGAGUCUUGGUUUUCUGAUGAAGAAGAUGAAGACUUGGAUAACUUGGAAGAACAGAAUGCUCCUGAGUACAGACCUGAUGCAGAGAUGGAAAAUCUUAUAUUAUACCCCAAGUUGAAGUUCAAAAGCAUUCCUGAGUUCAGGAUGGUGAUCCGUGACUACUCGGUAAGGCAUGGCAUUCAGUUACAUUUUGAAAAGAAUGAUCCUAAUAGGGUUGUUGUGAAGUGUGAGCCACUACAAAUGCUCUCCAAGUGGAUCUAUGGUAAUGUGAAGGUAAAUUGCAGCAUUUCAAAGGCCCAAAGAGCAAGAAGAGAAGCAUUUAGGUUGAUACAUGGUGAUGCUGGAGUACAAUAUCAAAAACUUUGGGACUAUGGUGCUACUGUUCUAAAGCACAACCCUGGUAGUGUGGUUAAAAUUGGCAUACAUAGAAACAAAGAUAAUCAGCCUGUUUUUCAAAAAAUGUUUUUUACAUUUGCAGCCUUGAUUGAUGGGUUUCUUGCUGGUUGUAGGCCAAUUAUUGGCAUUGAUGGAUGUUUCCUGAAGUCCCCAUUUGGUGGGCAACUAUUAUGUGCAGUAGCUAGAGAUUCUAAUGACAAUAUGUUUCCAUUAGCUUUUGCGAUUGUGCCAGUAGAGAAUUAUGAACAUUGGUCCUGGUUUUUGAAAGAGUUACAUAUGUCAAUUGGACAUCCUAAUGAUAAGAAUUGGUGUUAUAUAUCUGAUAGACAAAAGGGGUUAAUGGAAGUGUUCAAGUAUGAGUAUCCUCUAGCUCAUAACAGGUAUUGUGUGAGACAUUUAUAUCAAAAUUUCAGAAAUAAGUUUCCGGGGUUGGAGUUGAAACAGUUGUUUUGGAGAGCUGCAUCAACAGCAAAUGUUAAGGACUUCCAAGAAAUAAUGGAGGAUAUCAAGAGAGCUGAUCCCAAAGUGGGGAACACACAAUCUGCCUUUGAGUACCUGGAUGGAAUGCCAGCUAAAUAUUGGUCUAGGUCUCAUUUCCCUGAAUAUAUCAGAUGUGAUGCCCUUACUAAUAAUAUUUCUGAGUCUUUUAACAGUUAUAUUAGAGAAGCUAGAAUGCUACCCAUUGUGAGCAUGUGUGAAACCAUCAGGUCAAAGCUCAUGAGCAGGCUUCAUGUGAAGAGAGAAGGCAGUAAAACAUAUGUUGGAAUUGUGUCCCAAUAUUAGGAGGAAGAUGAACCGAAUGAAUGAAAGUGCUGCAAAAUGGUUUCUUACCUAUGGAGGUGAGGAAGAGUAUGAGGUGAAAAGAGGUGAGGAAACACAUGUAGUACACUUCAAUAAGAGAGAAUGUACUUGUAGAUGUUUUCAGCUCACAGGUUACCCAUGUGUGCACGCAAUGGCAUGUGUGAAUACCUUUAGGAAGAGAGUUGAGAAUUAUGUUGAUGAUUGCUAUAAGGUUGAGACUUACAAUCAAGUGUAUGCUAAUAUCAUUCACCCUGUUCCUGGUCCACAUGACUUUGUGAGAACCCCUUAUGCACAACUUCUCCCUCCUACUGUGAAGAGGGCACCUGGUAGGCCAAAAACGAAGAGGAGAAAGACACCUGAAGAACAUGAAGAUGAAAAGAAGUCUACUAGGAGAGGACUAACACUGCAUUGCUCAAUUUGCGGGGAUGGUGGACAUAAUAAAAGGAGUUGUAAAGCCACAAGAAAUGCACCAAAACAAAGCAACCAAGCACAACCAGAACAAGGAAGCAACCGGCACAACCAGUUAUACCACACAGUUGCAUCUAGCCCACCAACACAGGAAUCACAAUUUUCUAGACUUACCAACCAGGUGCAGACAUCAGUUGUAUAUCCUUCUCAUACAUCUAUGAAAUGCAUGCAUAUUUUGCAACCUGUGAGUAAACCACCCAAAACCACCAAAAGAGUUGCACCACUAAAUGCUAAAAAAGGCACUGCAUCAACCAACAAAGGUAGGAUCUACAACAGUUCCAGGAGCAAUGCAUUGACUACUUGUCUCCCUAGUACGCAUCCAGGCUGAGCGCAUCCAUCAACAAAUCCAAGAGCUUCAACUUCAACAACUCUAGACUCAAAGUGAAUAUAAAUCAGAAUGUUGAAUUUGUAGCUUUAAACUUUGUUUUGCUAGUAUUUUUAAGUAUCUUGAUACUUUGUGUUUUGGGAAGUUUUGAAGUAGAUUUUUGUGGUCCACUGUCUAUAAUGUGAGAACCUUAGCUUUGACAGAUUGUGGUUGGUGACUUUUGAUAAUGGUCUUUUGCUUAUCAAUAACUCUAGCAUUUAGUU